UCUGCGGGCGCGGCGCGCGCGGGACGGCGCUGCGCUGCCCUUCAGUCGGGACACAAGAUGGCGUCGGCCACCCGCCUCAUCCGCUGGUUCCGCAACACUCUGUCUGGGCACAACCUGCAAGCCAAACUGCAGUUACGUUACACCGAAAUCUCCAAGAGAACUCAACCGCCUCCCAAGCUGCCGGUGGGUCCCAGUCACAAGCUGUCGGACAAUUACUACUGCACCCGAGAUGGCCGCCGGGAAGCCUUGCCUCCGGCGAUCGUAAUGUCUCCUCAGAAAGUCCUUGGUUCAGGCACUCCGGCUGAGAACUUGGAAUCUGCUGGGGCAGCCACUGGGAAAAAACCAGUAACACCAGGACCCCCCCUGAAGAAGUGGGAAUUGUCGAAGGAUCAACCGUACCUGUGAAAUGGCUAAGAGACGCGAGGUGAUGAUGCUAGGGUAGACGAUACUUUCUAAGACUGACUGGAAGGCUCCAGCGUGGCCUCAGAGCCAGUUUACUGGAUUAUCCUGAGUACAGUGGGGAGGGGAGUUUAUUCAUGGGCAAGAGAAAAAAAAAUGUCUCCCCUGGCAUAUGAGAAAUAUUCUGAACUCCAUUA